UUCAGGACCCCUGAAAGGGGCAAGGAUCCAAGUUUAUCAGGUUAAAGCAAAAGGCCCAGCUUAUACAAAGGUCUUCAUCACUCCCUGACGCACUAAGAAACACAGAGAGACUAGGGUUUCUUCAACUUCGAAGGGGUCGGUAACAGGGAUGAAAGCAAAAGAGCUGAUGCAGAAUGUUGAAAGUGAAGAAGUUAAUAUUUAUCCGAAACAACAUGUGAUUGCCCCUGAAAAGAAAGAUGAAUUUGGGGGUUUAGGUGGAGAGAAUCAUGAAGGUGAAGGGAAAUCUGAUCUGGGACUAGUAGAAAAAGUCACUGCCUUGGAAAAGAAAAAUGAAUUUGUGGAUUUAGUUGGAGAGCAGCAAGAACAUAAUUGGGGGCCUGAAGUGAAAUCUGAUCUGGGACAAGUAAAAAAAAUCAAUGCCUCUGAUAAAAAAGUGGAAUCUGUGGAUUUAGUUGGAGAGCAGCAGGAACAGAAUCAUGAAAGUGAAGUGAAAUCUUAUCUGGAACAAGUAGAAACCAUCAGUGCCUCUGAGAAAAAAGUGCAAUAUGUGGGUUUAGUUGCACAGCAGCAUGAACAGAACUGUGAAGGUGAAGUGAAAUCUGAGUUGGAACAAGCAAGAAUUGGCUCUGCAAAGAAAGGUGAACUUGAGGGUUUAGAUGAUGAGCACCUAAAUCAGAAUCGUGAAAGAGAUGAAGAGGUUUUCUAUCUGAGACAAGUAAGUAGCUUGAUUGCUGAUGACAACAAAGAUGAACUUGUGGGUUUGCUCAAAGAGAAGCUAGAAAGGAAUGUUUCUGGGAUCUCUUCUCUUAAACUGGAGAGUUUGUUGACCAUGGUUUGUCAAUGCAGAGCAAAGAGUUGUGCUACUGCUCUUGUUGCAGGAGAGGCUGGACUAAAAUUAGAUCUCCAUGCCAAACUGAGUAGUGGAGAAUACCCAUUGCAUGUUGCUGCUCAUAAUCUGUCAUUUGAACUAGUAAACUUGUUUCUCCAACUAGGAGCACAGACAAAUGUAGUUGGUAGCAGCGGGAAGCUCCCAUUGCACAUGGCAGUUGAGGCAAUAAGCCGUCAUGACUUUCUUGCCGAUUGGAUCCCCGAAAAGUCCAUCCAUAAGUUAAUUUAUUUGCUUUGUUUACCAGAUCUGCACAAACCGCUGGAGGUCGUGAAGUUGCUUGCACAGAGUUCUGGAGAGGUUCAAUCAGUAUCCAAGCACUGUGUUGAAGAUGGGAAUCUUGUUCAGAUUGCUACAUUGCUGAUGGGGGCCAGGGAAAAGCUUCUGGAACCCGUUCCAGGCUAUGAAACCGAAGGUCCCAUCCUCGGGCUGUACAUUGCAAAGAAGUUGAGAUCAUUAACUUGUGAGGAGUUCAGACUGAUUGCAUAUGGUAAACGUGAAGAGAUUAGGCCUUUCAGGAGCAAGAAAGAUGCACUUCUGUCUGCAGUAUCAUUGCUUCAAGUUUUUGAGUCGGCUGGUGGUGCCAUUCAGGACUACUGUCAUAGCAAUACUAGGAGUUCACUAAAUAAUAAAGUGGCAAGGGAUAUUCAUUGCUUGUUGUGGAAAUUUGGAUUUCUUGGGUCUCGGGAGCACAUAAACAGUUGUCUUUCAAAUUUGGGAAAGUUGGAGAAAGCAAAGCUCAUUCAAUCUGUUAAUCUGACGAGGAGCUUACCUGAGCUUGUACGGGGAAGUAGGAAGGCUGGAUCUCAGCUUACUCCACGGGUUUAUAGCCCCCUGAACCAGUCAUUCCAUUCUUGUACUUGGGCAAAUACUGCCAAAGGUGUCAAGCUUGUUUCACCAGUCAGAACUCAAGCGGAUGGAAUCAUCAAUCAGGCAAUGAAACCACUGAUGCGGAAGUUUACAACAGCAGCACAAAUGUCUGUUAUGGGUUUGAGCAUGAGGAGAAGGAUUCGAUACUGAGAAUGUUCCUGCGGUUAGGUUAGGUGGGUUAGGACUUUGGAUUGUUAGUUGUUACCCCCAUAUUGAGCUGGUAGAAUUGAUGUAUAUCUAGAUAUUGCCUCCUCCUCUACUAUGUAAUGCAUGUCGUUGUUUUGCCAAAAAGUCUGCCCUAAGAGACUUUUGGCAAAUAUUUGUAUGUUGCAACAAUCCAGCGUGGAUGGAAAGCUGUGAGGCUUCUAAUGAUUCACUGUUCCAACUAAAAUGUCUUUGACAUGUGUAGCCUAAGACCUUAACGUGCUCUGGGAUUUUCUGUGUAUAUUUCUUCAA